UGUAGGUGUUUGAGUUGUGUGCAUUUUCAUCAAUCUUCACAAGAUGGCAUAAGAUCUAUUCAAGUUAACAUCAUUUUGUAUUAUAACAGAUUUAUGUAGAAGAUAUAUUACAUACAUUGAUACGUUAUUUUUAUCAUAGUAUUAUAAAACAUGGAAAAGAAAAGUACAGUGUAAUAUUUAUAAUACAAAAUUAUAGAUUUUUUAUUUCGUAUUAUUUUCUUACAGUUAUACAUCUUACAUUUCCUAUUUUGUAUCCUAACCUUGAUUCCGACUACAAAAUAAUUAUUUUCAUUAGUCCAAUGGCAAAUAUAACUUCGAUGUUGUCAAUAGGACAACAACAUGACAUUUGUUCUGAAGAUAUUACCAACAAUUGUACAAACGUAACCGUUUGUAAUACUGAUAAUGAAUGUAAUAUUUCAAAAACCUUGGAAGACAUACAAUGUUUUGUAUGUGAUGCAAAAAUUCGAGGGCGUCAUUAUGCUUUGGCUACAUGUAGAACGCAGAUAUCAAGAACUAGAGUAAUAGAAAAGCUUGGAGAAUUAGUUGGUGAAAGAUAUUUGGUAGUAAUAUCAGAAGAUGAUGUAAUUUGUCGCAGUUGUGCUAAUCUUAUUAAUACACUUGAUAGACUUGAUGUUGAGAUGUGUAAUGUACGUGAUAAUGUUUUGAGAUUCUUAGAACAAAAGUAUUCUUUGGAGAAAGGAGAACUUCUUGGUAAUAAUGAUAAACAAAAGCGUUCCCAACCACCACAAAUUACAAAGUGUAACACUCAAGCUACAACUAAUUAUCAAAGUAGGAAAGAUGUUAUCUUAUCUUCAAAUAUUACUGAAAAAUCCAAGCAUAAAAAGAGUAAUAUUUGGUUGCAAUGUGAUAAGUGUCAAUAUACUACUCUUCAUAAUUCAUUUAUGGUACAUCAUAUUAGAGACCAUGUUAAACAAAAAAUAUUUUGUGAUAAAUGCGGUGUACAAUUUUAUGAAAGUCAACAAGAAUCGCAUAAUUGUAAUAUGAAAGAACAUAUAAGUGAUCAGACUAGAGUCCAAGAUAAGCAAACAGAAUCAUCUUUAAAAGAUAUUGAUGAAUCUAUGUUGGAUAUCCCAAUUUUGGAAAAAAGUGUGCAGCAAAAUGUACCAAUUAUGACUAUUGAAACAUAUGCAGAAUCACAUAUUCCAAAUCACAAUGAAAAUAUUCCUAUAAUAAGAUUAUCAAAUUCUGAAAAUUUAUCUAUUCAGAAUAUUUUAACUGCUGACAAUACUACUGUAACUCAACCAAUAUAUGUACGUAUUUUACAACCUGUGGAAAUUAACGAAGCUCCAACACAUCCUGCAGUGAUGGUAUCACAUUCUGAUACAGAUUUAGCAUUGAAACUUAAAGAUAAUUCAGAAAAACAAAUCUUAACAUUGACAGAAGAUGGUAAUUUGGAAAUGACAGAAAUAGCUUGUUGGAAUGAUAUGCAAUCAUCAGAAACACAAUCUAACAUGAUGUUUUAAUAAGUUGAUUUAUUAAAUUAGACAAAGUUUUUAUUUGCCUAUUUUUAUCAACACUACAAAUAACAGUUAUUUACAUUAGUAACAACAUAAAUGUUUUUUUGACUUAAACAAU